UUUCGGCGCUGCUUUUAUGUAUUCUAAGAGUGGAUUUAGUCGCCUCUUAGUCGGCGAAGCCCUCUCUCGAGGGUGAAUUGCCACCUGAUUCUAUGCUUCAUGCUUCGGGUUGCGGUGGAUGAGCGGGUGGGGUCGGGUUUUGUCACGCGGAGGCGAAUGUCUGCAAAUACGCAUAGAAAGAACGGAUUAUAGUGCAUCGAAAUCUUUCACCGAGCGAUAGAAACUUGACUCACAUUGAGCAGUACAGCGUGAGGUGAAGGUUUGUCUGCUUAUCGACAACGUCGUGAACAACGGGCGGCCAACAAGACAUCUUUCGCACCGGCGCAAGACCUGUUCCACCUGCGUCGUUCUAUAAAAGCUCCAGGCUUUACAAGCGCUACAAUUUUGCGAUCUCCGCAUAUCAUAGGUUCUCAACAGGGAACCUUUUUCGAAAUAAAGAUGGCCCAGCACACAGUCUAUCUCAGUAGCGGCGUUGACGGGUCGAUGCUUCUUCAAGGACCAACCAUGACGGUCAGAUGCUGGGACAUUCAUGGUGGCCACUUGGAUAUUCUCAACGUACCAAAGCGCCUAUGGACGUACUUCUCGCGUGCCCCCGAAGGCCUCGAAGCGGAUGACUGGUCAGAAGAAUUCAUGGAUAUUUUGCCAAACCAGGGCAGCUGGGAAGUUGUCGAUCACAUCUUGGGCUGGCUUCAAGACAUUUGCACGAACGGAGAACACGACAUACCAUUGCUCACCUCUGGAGAUAAUCUUCAGCUGUACAUCACCGCACUCUAUUGCAAAUUCGGAAGGGCGACCACAUUCCUCCUCGAACAUCUUGAAACUCAUCUUCUUGUCAACCCGUUCCUUGACAGUAACGAGAUAUACAACUUAAGGUUCCUUCCGGAUAACGACCCUCUCCUCAAGUGCGUGGCUCCCAGAAUCUCGUCGUUGCCUAAUUUCUGUUUCGAGGAUUGCAGAUCAUGUUUGCUGUCGGAUCCACGAAUGCUAUAUCUCGUCUAUGAAGCAAAUCUGGAGCAGACCAAGCACCAGACUGCUGAGGAACGGCAACAAGAGCAACUGAAAGAGCACUACGGGUGGCAAGAAACUUUAGCGGCUCGAAAAAUAAAAAUUGACGACAUGAUUAAGGAUUGGAUGAAGAAACUGUCGUGGCAAGACCUCGAUUGGUAUAGGGAGCAGCUAUGGACGAGCCGAAAGCCCAGGAAAGACGAGAUUGAGGACGGCCCUUGGAUACUAGGAAAGGACAAUAUAUGGUUCAAGGGGCAGUGGAGUGCAACUUGGACGAAGCAUGGGGAUGUGGAACCGACCAUGGUGGACGGGAUUCGGCGAGCUAAGCAUGAGGACGAGAGAAUCCAAACGACACGGCCGGAAGGCGUCUGA